AUGUCCGACGGAGGUGACCAAACACAAGCACAGAGACCAUGGGCCAGUCCUCGUCUGCAACCUAUAAAAGGAAUCGUCCAACCGCGAGUGCUACCCCCAUUCGGAAAACCGACGCGACACACGAACAAACUUGACUAUAUCAUGACGGUGGUGCUGAAAGAGGCAGCCAAACACAAGCACGUUUGGCCGUUUCAGAAGCCUGUCGAUGCGCAUACCCUAUGUAUUCCUCUAUACCACGAACGCAUCACACGCCCCAUGGAUCUGAAGACGAUUGAAUCGCGACUCAAAAGCGUUUACUAUACAUCUGCUCAAGAGUGUAUUGAUGACAUCGAGCAAGUGUUCCAAAACUGUUACAUGUUCAACGGAAAAGAGGACGAUGUGACGAUAAUGGCUCAAAAUGUGCACGAAGUGAUCAAAAAGUCUUUGGAGCAAGCGCCACGCGAUGAGCAUGAAAUGGAUGUGCACUGGGGGAAGAACAAGAAAAAGGUCGGAGGAAAGGAGCUUGGUGUGAAGGCCUCAGCGAAAAAAGACGCACGUCAAGCGUCAGAAGCUCCAUCGGAGACGGGAAGUGAGGCGCCGGCGGCCGCAGGAGGAUCAGCAGCAACACCGGCAGCGAAGCCUGAACGAAAAGUGGCUGGCAAGAAGACAGGCAAGCGGAAAAACGACUCGGACGAUGAGGAGAAACCAGAAACGCAUCGAUCGAAACGAGAAGUGGCUGUUGUCAAAAAAGAGACCACCCAUCCAGUGCUCCCAAUUAUGAAGCCAUGCAUCAAACUGCUCGCCGAGUUCUACAACAAAAAAUAUCAGGAGUUUGCGUGGGUAUUCUACGAGCCAGUCGACGCCGCCACCAUGGGACUCCAUGACUAUCACAAUAUCAUCAAACAUCCGAUGGAUAUGAAGACGAUCAAGAAGAAGUUGGAGGCAGGACAAUACAAGGAACCCGCAGAAUUUGAGUCUGAUAUUCGAUUAAUGAUAAACAACUGUUUGACCUACAAUCCAGUAGGUGAUCCAGUCAACUCGUUUGGUCUUCGAUUCCAAGAAGUGUUCAAUAAGAAAUGGUCGGAAUUGGUGGAUGCUACCAGCUCGUCACGGGCAUCUUCCGUAGCUCCAUCUGCUCCACCUGCGGUCACGGCAACACCAAAAGUAUCCAAGAAGGAGUCGAAGAAGGAAUCAGUAGUAAAAGAGAUAAAGCCAGAGGUACAAACUCCUUUUUAUGAGCAAGGGGGUUUGGCAAAAACGGAGGAUAUGAUGCAGAUAAACAACGCGUUGAGUAUGAUACGAGAACGAGAGGAGAAGCUGAAGGCGGAGUUAGCUGCAGCGGAGGCGCUGGAACAGAAAUUGGUUGCGUUGAAGGGGAGAAGAGAGGGACAUCCGAAUGAGCCAUUCCCAGAUAAGCUUAUCACGGAGACGAGAAUCAUGUGCACGACACCGAUUGGUCAAGGAAUGUUCAAUAGUUCUUCUAGUGGCACUUCCAGUGCUAACAGUUCGGCUAACCGGAAUGGUCGUGUCAAGAAGCCUAAUCCGACCGCUCGACAACACGGAUACGAUUUUGAUUCUGAUGACGAGGAGAACAAGCCUGCGUUGUCAUACGAUGAGAAACGGAAUCUGAGUCAUGAGGUCAAUCGACUGCCACCACAACAUCUCAGCACGAUUAUCGCGAUUAUAACAAGAAGAGAUAACUCUGCGCUCAACCAUCAAAGCAUAGAUGAAAGUGAGAUCGAGUUGGAUUUCGAGUCCCUCGGCGACAUGUGCCUACGUGAAAUGAGCGCUUUCAUGAAGACCCUCGGUGUCAAGGAGGAGAAAGCCCCCGAACUACCGGUAACUCAACAGAAGGCUCCACGAGCGGCGUCCGACGCAACCGCUGGUCCAUCUGGAGCUAAAAGUUCUGGUGGUUCUAGUAGUAAAAAUGAUAAAAAGAGUGAGUUGUCUUCUUUAAUUUCUUCUCCAAACUCGUAUUUUUGUCAGAUCGACUUGCUGAGAAGAACUUCAACAUGUCGGAAUCGUCGGACGACGAGACGUCGAGUCGAAAGCGCCGAAAGAAGGAGAGCAGCGAUUCGGAAAGCUCCUCGUCCAGCGACGACGAUUCGGAUGAUGAGGGACCAAAAUGAAUCUAACGAGUUCUCUCGUUCAGGCAUCCCACGUAAAUCCGGGCAGCCACCGUCAUCGCGCGAAUGGAAUCAAUCGGCGCAGCAGCAGCCACCGCCACGUAUGGGAGGAAUGGGCGGGCAACCGCCAAUGUCUCGUCCUGCAGCCGUCCCAAAUAUGACCAGCAAAAAUGCGCCAUCGAGUUCUUAUCGUGAGCAUUUAUCAUUAUGCUAA